GGUCUGAAUUUUGUUAACCAUGGUUUCUUGGUUAAUUAAUAUAGAAAUUUGUUUUUCAAUGUAGCCAGGAGAAAAAGGAAUUUGUGCUCAGUUGGAAAGGUGAUUCCCAUUGCAGCUUAUUAAGAUCUGAAAUAAUGAAAUGCUAGUUGUAGUAAAUGUUUUAAAUCCAAUGCAAUAAAGUGUUAGAAGGACUUGCUUAAUAACUACAGACAUUGCCAAAAGAAAGCCAAGAGCUCCAGAGGGAGAUCUCAUAAAACAUUAGUUUGCCAUCUCCUGUGAAUAAAAGUGACCAAUAGAUACUUGCAGCCAAAGGCCUGUAUGAAGAAUUUUAUUGAAACAGCUAAAAUGUAAUAUUUUAAUGACAAUGGAAUGGAUUGGACCUGUUGGCUAAAGCUGGCCAACCCCUAUGCUUUGCAGAAUAUCUGAUUAAGCCACUCUUAGCUAAUCUUUUUCAACUCUGGGGAAUUAAGAAAACUAGUUGAUUUUCAUUAUGUUAACAGAUCUGAAAGGAAAUCUUUACUUUAUAUUUAGUCAGAUAUCAUGUUGUUCAAUAAUAAUGUGUACAAAUAUUUGGUGAAUUCCCACCCUUACAUGUGAAGAGUUUUAAGGUGGUUUGGGAUUUUGUUUCAGCUUGCUACACGUGCAGUCAUACCAUCUCAGAGUAUUUUUGAGCACACACAGCGAGCAUUUUAUUUAUUUAUUUUCUGCCUUUAUUAUUUUUAUAAGUAAUUCAAGGUGGUGAACAUAUCUAAUAUCUCCUUCCUCUUCUAUUUUCCCCACAGCAAACAAUGGGGAUGUUGGGCUGGGAGAGAGUGACUGGCCUAAAGUAACCAAGCUGGCUUUCAUGCCCAAGGAGAGACUAAAACUCAGUCUCCAGCAAAUUCCAUAAAGCGGGAAAUGCAAAGUGAUGAUGAGGAUUCUAACAGAAAACGUCUAAAGAGGGAAGAUGGGAUCAUUGGGCAGGAUGAAGGGAGCAGUUUGGAAGAGCCCCUGAUUGAAAACCAGGAGAUUGGGGAGAACAGAAAAAUGCAGGAGCUGUCAGGCGAGGGAGGAAUCCGGCUUCCGAAUGGUAAACUGAAAUGUGACGUCUGUGGCAUGGUUUGCAUUGGGCCCAAUGUGCUUAUGGUACAUAAAAGGAGUCACACUGGUGAGCGUCCCUUUCACUGUAACCAGUGUGGAGCUUCUUUCACCCAAAAGGGGAAUCUACUGAGGCACAUCAAAUUACACUCUGGAGAAAAACCAUUCAAAUGUCCCUUCUGUAGCUAUGCCUGCCGAAGAAGGGAUGCCCUCACAGGACACCUCAGGACACACUCUGUAGGUAAACCUCAUAAAUGUAACUACUGUGGACGAAGCUACAAACAGCGCAGUUCUUUGGAGGAACACAAGGAACGCUGUCAUAACUACCUUCAAAAUGUCACCAUAGAGUCCACGGGGCAAGUGAUAAGUCAUGUCUCUACUAUGGAAGAUUGUAAGGAGCAAGAAGCUGGGAUGGACAACAAUGUUACUCUGGUGCCUUUUGAAAGACCUGCUGUUAUAGAGAAGCUGACAAGCAACAUGGGAAAGCGUAAAAGCUCCACCCCACAGAAGUUUGUGGGUGAAAAGCUCGUGAGAUAUGGUUAUCCAGAUAUUCAUUUUGAUCCAAGCUUACCUUAUGAGAGAGAUGCUGAGCUGAUGCAAACUCACAUGAUGGACCAAGCAAUCAACAAUGCAAUCUCUUACCUUGGGGCAGAGGGACUUCACCCAUUUGUGCAGCACACUCCAAGCACAAUUGCUGAUGUGGCACCUGUCAUAAGUUCAGCUUAUACUCAGGUGUACAACCCUAACAGGAUAGAAAGACCAGUAAGCAGAGGAACCACUGACAGCAAUGAAAAUAAUGUGGAUGGCCCUCUCUCCCUCAUCAGACCAAAGAGUCAUCCCCAAGAAAGAGAGGCAUCACCUAGCAAUAGCUGCCUCGAUUCCUCUGACUCGGAGAGCAGCCACGAAGACCACCAGUCCUUUCAAGGAAACCUUGCCUUAAAUCCCAAACGAAAGCAAAGCCCAGCUUACAUGAAGGAUGACUCCAAGGCUUUGGAGGUCAGUAAAGCAUCAAAGGGCUCUUUAAAGGAUAUCUACAAGGUCUUCAAUGGAGAAGGAGAGCAGAUAAGGGCAUUUAAGUGUGAACACUGUCGAAUUCUUUUCCUAGACCAUGUCAUGUACACCAUUCAUAUGGGGUGUCAUGGCUAUCGGGAUCCCCUAGAAUGCAACAUUUGUGGAUACCGGAGUCAGGACCGAUAUGAGUUCUCUUCCCACAUUGUCCGAGGAGAACAUACAUUCCACUAAGCCUUCUUUUCCAAAGGAGACACUGAAGUAGAAAAACAAAUACUGCACAUGAAGAAAUACUGCACUUGCAAGCCCACUUUUCCUCAAAUGUUGACACAGCUCUUUUCAUUGGUUCUCUUCCUUGCAGCUAUUUUUAAUUAUUGUUAUUUUUGUUGUUGCUGUUUUGAGGAUCCAGUCUCGCCUUACUACCAGUGGUGAGGUGAGAAGGAAGGAAAGGAGGGACCAGAUAAUAAUUUGGCUUAUUGUUUUUAUUACGAAAAUGGAUGUUGCCCUUUCAUAGUGGAAAGUGAAAGGGAGUUCAUUUCUGUCACAAUUUUCAUAUAGCUUUUCACAUGCUUAACUCAGCAAGGUGCUCUGACAUCUUAGCAAGUUGCCAUUUGGGGGGAAAAUAAUAAUUUCAAAAGAAUAAAGCCCUUUUAAAUCUGUAGCUAAAGUUUUGUUCAGGAUGGGGGAUGAAAUUCUUAUUUUGCAAACAUUCUAGCAAAAGGGGUGUGCUUAGGGGCAGGGAGAGGUUUCACUUAAAACUAACAAUUAUUCUGUAGGUUUAGGAGCACCGAUAAAUAUCAAGGUUUGCUCGGAAGUUAUUUCCUGAGGUGAGGUUCUUUCGUAUAAGGUAUUGGUUGUAUGGAAUGUAAAUGAAUUGUUUAUAUCUAAAUACUAAAUCACAUAACUGAGAUUUGAUUUUUCAUGGGAAGUGACAUCCUCCAGGAAAUCUGAAAACAUAAAAUGUUAUUUUACUAAUCCCAAUAUGCACUUUUAAAAAAGAAUGAAAACUAAUUGCUAGGAUGCUUUUAUGUCAUUCAUUUACCAGCUUCCUAUAGGUCUACCUAUUUUUUAAAGUUGUUUAGGUGUUAACUAUUGGAGUCUGGGUAUAUUUACUAAAAAUAAGCUUCACUUAGUUCAGAAGGAGUUUAUUUCCUAGUAAACAUUCUUAGUUUAAAAAUACAGAUAUAAAUAUUUAUCUAGCAGGUUUUGCUGCUUUAGAAUCUCAGAUAUGCUCAUUACAAAUGCAUUUGAACUAUGAAAUACUUAUACUUUUCAUUUUAUUUUUUUGUAGUAUGAAGCAUUAGGAAACUGAAUAAACUAAGAUUUCAGUUAGGAGAUCUGUAUCCUGAAACAGCUGGUUAGAGCUGCCCUAAUGACUGAAGCAGCUUACAAAUUGAUAACUAAUUUAACUAUAUAAGGAUAUGCAGACACUGUUAGAGGUACUUUAGUAUUGCCACCUUUUUGAUACACACAUAAGGAAAGAAAUAUAUAUAUAUUAUGCAAAAGUAUCUCUCCCCAACACAUAUUUAAAACUGCAGCAUACAGAACCAUAUGCACACAGACACAGAUUACACACACAGACACACACACGUUUAGUCCUUUCUUUAGUCCUGUAAUUCCCAGGCAUCUCUCAUCACAUUUGCCACUGUGGGUCAGACCCAUACAGAAACCACCAGUUCUCAAUCUCAGCCUUACUUCCUCAAGAAAAACUAAUCUGUAAGGCAAUCUUUAAUCUACUAAUAAUUGUCAUUCUCUCCCUCCCUCCCUCCCUCUCACACACAGAGAGAGAGAAAGAGAGAGAGAGAGAGAGAGAGAGAGAGAGAGAGAGAGAGAGAGAGAGAGAGAGAUCAUAGUCAUAAAUAAUGAUUUCUUACUAAAUAAAAGAACACUCUUUCCAAAUGAAGCUGAAUAGAACCAAGAGCCUUAGAUUAUGCACGGGCUGAUUAUUUGCCUGAAGAAUAAUUUCAGGUUUUAGUUACUCCCUUGAUCAUAUUAGCAAAUGAAGACUGAAUUACUAGGUUAGAAAUAUUAAGGCUGUUUAAACAUCUCUUGAUUAUAUAGCUCUGAAUAUAUGAUCUGGAUUUAUAAUAUUUAAUUUUAUCAAUCUUUUCCCCCUCAACUAUUUUAGUUAGUUGGGUUAGUUGGUUGUUUUUUUUUAAUAAAAUCGGUGACUACCUCACAUUUUUCUACAUCCUUAGAUAUUUGCACAUCUGGCUGUAAAAUUACAAAGAGGAUAGAUUAAAAACCAUACCUUUUCUGACUAGAAGAUUAUGGGGAAAGGAUCCUGUGACCCUGCAGAUUUUGCUGAACUACAGCACAGCAAAGGGAAGGGGUUGCUGGGAGUUGCAGUUAAAAAUAUCUUCAGCACCAUAGGUUACUGCCUCAGGUUGCCUCUCAAAACAAACCAUUUGCAGUCUUUGGUUUUACAUAUUUUAUUUAGCAUAUUCAAGAAUAAAGAGAGUUAGUUAAUUGGUUUCUAAAAUAAAGUUGAAAAACUAAAAGGUAUGUUAUUCUCUUUUGGUACAAAAUGGGAAUGGCGGGCAACCAUCCUAUGCAGUCUAGUACAUGAUAAAAAUUAAAGUGAUUUUGCUUUAACAUUUCCUUCAGAAAGCAGUUUAGCUUGUACAUUCUUUGUCCAAAACAGGGUCCCUGAAGCUAGACUGUUGCUUCUUGCAGUCUUAUACAGAAGCAAUAAAGAUUUAAGUAACAAAUUUGUCUAAAACAAAUACAAGCCAAAGAUUAUAAACUACACAGCUAGUAUUAAUAUCAGAGAAGAAUUUCAUGGCAGGAAGUGCCAGAGCAAAUAGUUCUGUUCACAGUUGCUUGCCAGAAAUUUUGGGUUAUAUUUUCUUCUUCAACAGAAGUGUUUCCCCUUCCCUCUGCCAUUUCUCAUGAAUCCCAAAAACUUUCUCUGGAAGUUUGGGGACCUUCUGGAUGUUGAAUGGUGCCCAUUGACAUUUUAUGAUUUGCAUGAUCCCUUGUACAAGGUGAAACAAAGCUAAAUUGGGAACUCUAUGUUAUCCAGAGGCUCAGUUGGUCAUUCUGAUUAAUGACUUGAACCUAUUUUCUGUGGAGAUUAAAGUGGUUACUAUUUGAAGAUGUAAAGAUAUGAAUGAAUACAUUUCAAAUAUUCUGUUGUUUUUCUGAGCACUUGAACUAGUCCAGAUUGAACUUGAGCAUCUUGAAUUAGUCCAAAUUCAAGAAGCAGAUUAUAGGUGUCCCUUGCUUCUCUUAUCUCAUUUCUGAACAUCUCUUGCACCCAAUUGCUGACCUACUUUUUAUAUGUUUAGAAAGGUCACUUGUCUUUAAAAUAAUUUAAAAAGAAUUUUAGGAACAAAAAGAUUCAUGAACCCGCACAGGAGUAUAUUUCACUCUGAUCCUAUACAAUAGUUUUUAAAAUUAUUUUCAUUGUGCCUCUAUGUUCCUGCAUCAGUCAUAAUGGAGGAGGAAUUUUAAGAAAAAACUGAUAUCUCUAAAAUAGCAAAAACUAAAAUAUUUUAUGCCUGGCAGGAGUCAACAAAAAGCCAUUCAAAAGUUAUUACCAUGACAAAUAAAUUCUCACAAGCCACAGUGAUCUAUUACAUGUUAAAAUUAUAUAUACCUAGAGAGUUAGUAAAAGAAUGCAAUCUCUUGCAGCCUCAUUACAAAAAAGAAGAUAUUCAGUAAAAUAAUGCUUUCUUUUAUUAUUUCCUAUGGAAAUAUAUAAAAUUUAGCCUGUGUACAGAAUAUUAAUGGAGUUAUAUACGUUACAUUUUCUGUUUCAGGUUCAGGAAUUUCUUAUUCAUUUUGCAUUCAUCACAAAAAAGAAAAGAUAUAAUCUCUCCCCAAAAGUAUUUUAUGCUAUAUUGUCUACAGUAAGGGCUGUAAUGAUAUUUAAUAUUUCUUAUAAAGUGUAGUAUGUUUAUUAGAAGAGUGUUAAGUAUUACUUUAAGAACUGUGAUCAAAAUGGACAAAGUGAGAUAUAUUUGAAUUCAUCAGUCUUAUAAAAAGUUUGAAAUAUAUUUUUGAAUGAUUAACAUUUAAAAUUUUGCUGCAUAUGAAAUCUAAUAUUGGAUUUUAAAGGGAAAACAAUAAUUUGCUAAAAAAAUAAUUGGAAUUUGCAAAUGAAAGAUAAUCAAUAUUGAGAUACCUGGAAAGGAACCCUUAGUUUGAUUUAUCACGAACAAUUGUUAUGGAGUUUCUUUUCAGCUCAAAAACUUCUGAUGGUUUUCAGAAAUUGGAAUUUCACAACUUACAAUUUGAUGAAUUAUGCAGAGGAACAUAUUUCAAAGUAUUUGUCAAGAUUAUCGUUAUAAAAUAUUCCUGUUAGGUUUUUUUUGAUAGGACACACCUUUGUUCCAACAGUAAAAACAACAACAACAAAAAACAUUUCAAAAUAAGGAAAAUAAUUUUGAUUGUGUUUGAUUAAAAUUUAAUGUGGCUGUUUUCAAUUAAAGAAGAGCCAGGGCUCCACUUGAAAACCUUGCUGUCCCGACUUUCACAGGAGACCAUUUGAGAAUUAAAAAGAGUCUGAAAACAGCCCAGAAGAGGGAACAGGAAGCUGCUCCCAAAUUCUGACCCAGAAAACUACAGGAUAUGCCUACGAAAUCACCGGAGAUUGAUUUUGACAUGUCGUUUCCUUAUGAACAAGGAACUCAAAUGCCACAUGAAUGAAAGCUUCUAAUUAGCGCAAAUCUGAGUGUAGAUUUCUUAAAGGAUUUACACAGAUGCUGGGAGAGUCAAAUAUGUUUUGCUAUAAUAACUUUAGGUGAGUUAUCUUAGGAGUAGGAAUUAACAAUAGUUCCCAAAGCAGGGACUUGUGUGCUUCAGAGACAUCUGCAUGGAGCUCAGUCUGGUCUCACACAAUUUAUGGUGUGCCCAGACCUACCCUAAGGAGCCUCCAGGAGCCCUUUUGGAAUUGAAAUGCAUCCAAUAUACUAUAGCUCAGAGUAGAAACCACCCUAUUUUUUUGAGGGAAUUUGUCUAUGGUUACUGAUCUUCAAUUGAUAAAGAUGGCUUUUACCAAAUUCUGCAGUUCCUUCUGUGGAACGAUUUCAAAGCCACCUCUUAAAAAGUUGCUGUUUGAUCCAAAAUACUCUAAGAAGAGAUUGUUGCUUAGAUUGAGAUACUACUCUUGAGGACUAUUACAAAAAAAUAUAAACAGACACAGAUCCAUAUGAGUAGUCUGCAAGGGUGCUGAUUGUUUGCUUCGUGUGGUGAUAUAUUAAUAUAUAAAAAGUUUUGAUUUAUAUCCACCAAUUCAUAAUUGAUAGUAUCAAACAAAAUUGUAGAAGUGGAAUUUUGGUGCCAAAAACUCUACUGUAUUUUUCAAGAGAAAUCAAUACCUGCACCCUUAGUUUCUCAAGACAUUCUGGAAGGGUUUGGGCCUGAAGCCCCUGCAGAGGGCUUUGGAGGGUUUGCUUUCCUAUCCCUUCCCCAGGCUUCCAGAAUAAUUUCCAGUUCCGUAUUAAGAUCUGGAACUCCAGAAGGGAAUUGCUUGAGGCUGUAAGACACGGAUUUGUGUGGGCUUCUGUCCAAAAUGCUUGGCUGCAGAGCCCUGAAAACUAUCCUUUCAAACUGAAGUUUUUAGUUUGGAUUCUUGUCCACCAAAUUUAGAUAUUUGGGGUUAAAAAAAAUUAGGGACAUGUCCCACUCAAAUUUACAAUUGUUUAAUUUCUGUUAAUUUUACUAGAAGAUACUAAAAUACAUAUUUUAAUUUUUCCAUGAGAUUCAAACACUGGAUCCUGUUCCUUGAUUUUCAGAUUUGUUUCAGCUUUAUACUGUAUGACAUAAAUAGAUACUCAUGUCUAAGAGAGGAUGGAUUUAGUUAUGUUGUAGUAAUUAAAACUUUGAAACUAUGAUCAGAGAUUUGUCCUGUUAUCAAGCAUUCCCAAAUCUUGAUCAUAUUUAUUUUUUUGUGUUACUUGUAGGAAUUUUAUUCUGCUUUGUUUUGGUCUUUUCCUGCCCACUUUUUCUUAUUUUCAGUUUUAUGCUAUCAUAGCUCUUAUUGCCUGCAACCUGAUUUUGUUUUUAAAUUUAAUUUGUUAUCUGUUCAUUGGUUGUACAGUGUGUUUACAUAUUUUUGUACUUGAGUGUAGUUUUAUAUUAAAAAAAAGAAAAAUGAUGUGGUAAAUAUAGCUAAAUAAUCUUUCUAACACUUUUAAAUUUAGGAUCAUUAGAGAUGACAGAGCUGUGGAACUGUAAUACUAAACAGUUGCCUUUCUUUAUGUUGAUGUUAUUUUCUGGUUGUACUUUCUUUUUCUUAAGAUGUAUGACUAUUUGACAGAUUGGAAACUUUUAAUGCAUAAUUGUUUAGAAAAAUUUAAACUGUAAAAACGUGUCAUUUUUUCCAAUGGAAGUCUAUGCUUUAAAAGUUUUGGGAUUAUUCUAUUCCUAGGCAAAAUUUCUGUACCCAAAAUGUUGUAUUUUUGCAUCUUAAUACUAGAACAUGCUUGUAACAUGUUUGGAGCCACUAUCCAGAUUGUUUAGUUUAAGAGAGAAAAGACCGAUUGUUCCAUUUAUGUGCAAUAAUCUCUCUGAAAGUUUUAUAGUGCAUUGAACAUUGUUUGAAUAAUGACAUUACAUUUUGAAGCAAAUUGCUGCCCAGACAAAGGUCAGUGUUUUAAUACAUUGUUUUUUAAAAGUUGAAUCUUCAGGGAACCCCAUCCACUUUGUUACUUCUACUGCUGGCCCAUUGCAGAGAAUCCUGGGCAUGCCCUUAUGGUACUCAUGUAAAUUCUUGUGGGGUACAGCUCUAUUCAUCACAGAUUCACUUGAGCUAGGAGCAUGACCAAGAAUAUCCCCAAAUGCAGCAGCCCACUGCAGGGGAAGGAAAGCUGCCUUUCAGAAACACUGGGGUUCCAUUCUCUCAAACACCCUGUUUUAGCUGUUGCUUUUGCUCUAGAGAGACAUAGGAUAACAGCUCAGAGAGAUGGAACAAAUAUUUCAAAGCUGCCCUUGCCCUGGAUUACCUGUUUGAUUGUGCUAAUAGACAAGUAGCAAAGGCUGCCCCAAAACUUAAAUGUAGAAGUUCAGUGGUGGGGAUGUAACUGAUAGAUAUAGGUGACCCCUUUCUUCUUAGUGCUAUUAUCCAUAACGUGCCUUUGAUCGGUGCGGUCUUAGUGGGUUGCUUGCUAAAGCUAAGCAUUUUUGUUUCCUCCUUUGUUGAGGUUUCAUUCUUUUUUUCAUUGGGUAAAGCACUUAACACAAAUGGGCUGAUCCUCAUUGGAAAUGUCCUUUGCAUUGAAAAAUCUUGGGUCAGAUUCCAAAUUCUCAGUCUAGGCAUUUAUGUCUGGGGGAAUUUUGUCUGCAGGGAAGCAUACAAGGCAGACAAUUCUUUCACCAGGAAAGCUUAUUUUUAAUUCUUCUUGCCUUAUCUAUUAUGGUAGGGAUUUUUUAUAUGUCAUGCUUUAUUUAUAUAUCUAGAAUAUUUUAAUACCUAUUACUCAAAUAGGUGAAGACUGCUAUGCUGUAAAUAUGUAUUUAGGUACAGAAUAAAAAUCCUUGUGAAUAUUUGGCGGGGGAAGCUGUUACUGAACACAGAAGCCACUUUUGGGUGGUUGCUGGUUGGGGGUUGGGGUAUGUGUAUGUGCAAGAUAGGGGAAAAUAACCUUUGAUUUUAAGCACUUGCCAAAAGAAAACAAGAGUUUAAUAAAUAUUUUUAUUUAAAGAAGUGAAGCACUUCAUCAGGAUUUGCAUUGAGUUACACUGUUUCUGGAGGAAGGUCCACAAGUAUUGCCUAGCUCAUCAGCUAAGCCUGCAUUUGUGGUCACCAACAGUUCUUCCAGCUCAUUCCCUUCAGUUUUCUGGCAUACCCAGUGGGAUUUAAGAAAGAUUCACAAGCAAUUUACCAAGUAAAUAGCGAGCAAACCCCAUAGAAUACUUACUUAUGAGUAGGCAUGCUUGAGAUUUUUUUCUCUAUAUAGAGAGGCUGUGAGAAACAGAAUCCUUGGAAUCAAUUGGAGCAGACCCCUACUGCUUCUUCCUUCUCCAGAAUCUAGUGCAAAUGAGAGGUCUGGAAAAGGAAUCCAUGGACUCCUGGUGUUUUGCUCCCCAGAAGCACUUGUUUUUGGUAAAGUGGGGAAAGGAUUUGUGGGUACUUUGUUAGGGGAUGAAUGCUGCUAUGCUGUAUGAGAACAAUCUCUCUGAUAUUUAGGUCAUGGUGUAGAACUGGAUUCCUUAGAAUUUUAAGGGAUACAUAUCAGCUUGCCAUCAGUUCUUAUGCUUUCCAAAUUUCUGUCUUGUAUAGAGCAGAAAGCAUGAUGAAGUGGAUACAUGACAUAAUGCGUCCAUUAUACUCCAUCAAGGAUGGCAGUUUUUGAUCUCCCAGUAGCUUCCUCACUUUUGCCAUUUGCUGAUCAUUUCAAACUCUGUAAUUGCUUGUUUCCUCCAACUUAAAUUUUGUGUUUGGGUAUAAAUCACGCUUUACAAAAUAUUCAUAUUAUUUGUAUUUAUUCUCAUCCAAAAUAUUCUUUGCUUUAUUUACUGUAAAGGUGUUUGAAGUGACUCGGUGGGCAGGGUGGGGAAUAUAUGAACAAGCCAAUUUGGGAUGUUUACAAAUAAUAAAAAAUGGUACUCCAUAGAUUUCCACUCUGGCUGUAUUAUGAUUGAAUUUGAUUUAAUGGACAGAAUUUAGUAACAACUAUAAUAAAAUACGUCCCUUCCUAUCUACGGUCACUCAUGCUCAUUUUCAGUUAAUGAUAAUAUGAUUUAGAACCCAAAUAUUAGAGAACAGGUCAAAAAAUACAUUAGAGUUUACUCCUACCAUAUUUGAAAGACUUUGGGAUCAGAUGAUCUAUAUUAGAAUCCCUUAGAAUAGUCUCUGUGGUAAACUCUGGAACAUUCAAUAUUGUCUGCCUUAUUGAAUAGAUGGGGCAAGUACUCCCCUGUUGUCACAUUGUUGGGAGAAACAUUUUCUGCUCACUCUUGCUGGGAAAGGAAUGUCUGCUAUUGAUUUAGCCCAAAAAAGGAUUUCUUAUUCAAAGUAGAAAAUGGAAAAACUAGAUGAUCUUACUCCCAAGAAUGGAAAUGAUACAUUUAUAGAUGAAAGGUAUAGGUCUGGUUUAUGCUCUUAUACACAACUGCAGAAGUCUAUAAUCUGAAAUUAAUUCUAGGAGCAUUUGAAAUGGUGUUUUAGACCUAAAGCCGAAUGGGAAAAUUCAAAAGCAAUUCCUGGUUUGCUAUCAAAGUCUUAAAUCGCUAAUUAAUUUUCCACAAUUGUUGGAACUGGACAUUUCCCCCUUUCUUACAUACAUACAAAUGAGUAUCAUAUGUAUGUGUGCAAGGUAUAUGGACAUGAGUGAUAAAAAUGCAUGAGAGAGUGUUUGAGUAUAUAUAUAUAUCUUAUAUAUAUAUAUGACAGAGUUACAGAAACUUUGUAAUACUUUGUGAAAAUAAUUAUAUUAUGGAUGUUUGUACUGUGCACAGCUACUGGAGUUAAAUGUAGGGAAUCUCAGGAACAAGCAUAAAAUUUGUCCAAGACUUAUUUCUCAAAUGUGUAUGUGCAGUUUUUAAUUCUGUAUACUAUUUAAUAUUUUACCAAUAAAAAUAAACUUCUCACAUGAAA